CUAUCUGGAAUUGAAAAGGAAAAAAACUUUUUGUAGCGAAGGAAUCAACAGACGCCAUCUUGUCGUGAAUCGGAAUUAGGAUUUUGGUAGAUCACUAUUUUUUAUUUGGAACUUGACCAUCCAAACCGAGGUUUAACGGUAUCCUUCCACUGAAAACGAACUAUUUUCAUCAUUUUGGAAAUAUUUUUUGACAGAAAAACGGGAAUUAAAUCGGUCAUCGUCGGCGAGAAAACCCCCGUAUAUCUGAUUUCCCCUUCAGAGCGGAGCUCGAGCACCUAUCGCCGUUCGGAGCAAUAUUUUUUUUCCCGGGAGUAGCCGGAAAAGAGACAGCUUCUUGCGGACAAUAUUGCAAGAAUAUAUCAUGUGUAUGCAGUUGUGCAUUUUUAUGGAGCUUCGAACGAUUUUUGCAUGAAGAAAUUUGACGUCACAAAAUGGGUUGUUUCAACGUCUAAAAUUAACGACUUUAGUUAUGUGACAGGAAUGCAGUAAUUAAUGUGAAUAUUUUGUUAUCACAUGUUAACCUUAAUUUUGCAUGGGAAACAUUUUUAUUAGGGUUAUUUAACGACAAUAAUGUGGGUGUUGAAUUAUCAUGGGUUGAAUGGCGGUGGCGAAGCGGGGCGCUGUUUCAUCCUUUUUGAAAUUCUCUCACUAUUAGAAAAUUAGCAGGUUAGCCAACGUUAGCGAGCUAACUGCUUGCUAACGUGCUAACUAGUGAAAUAAAAGUGGAGGUUGUCAGAACAACUUUUCCCGUCGCAGGAUUUUUCUUUAAACACAUUUUUAUUAUAAUUAAAUAAAUCACACGAAAGAUCACAAUGGCAGAAAACCUGCUCGAUGUCGGACCUCCCAACUCGAAGCGACCGAAACUGAAUUCACCUGCGCUGUCAGCGUCAGAUGGACCAGUGGACCUCGGCUCCUUGUCAUGGGAUGACCUGGAGAACGACCUGCCAGAUGAGCUGAUUCCCAACGGGAGCUCAGACCUGGGUGGCCUGAUGGGGGGCGCCAUGCCCUCUAACGGGGGUAACACCAACGCCCCCGGCCCCCUGGGCUCCAUGCUCCCGGACGCUGCCGCUAAGCACAAGCAGCUGUCGGAGCUCCUCCGGGCGGGCAGCGCCUCAAAUCUCACCGGGGCGCCUGGCGGGGGUCCUCAGUCCGGUGGCAUGGGCGGUCAGCUGGGCGCCACCCUAGGGAAGAGCCCCUUGGGCCAAGGAUCACCCAAAACGGGCAGCGCCACUGGACAGAACUUCAACCAGGCUCUGGGCGGCCAUGCCGGGAUGUUAUCCCAGGGAGGGCAGCCCCAGCCGGGCCAGGUGAUGAACGGGGGCCUGGGUCCCGGGGGCGGGAGAGGCAGGGGGCAGUACCAGGCAAUGCAGGGGGCACCUGGCGGUGGAGCCGGCAGUGCGCUGGCAGACACCCUCACACAGCAGGGCGUCCAGCAGAUGGGGGCUGCCAACCUCAACCCAACUGCUCCCGCCCAGCAGACGGGUAACCUGAGCAAGCUGGGCUUGGGCUGUAGCGGUGGCAGUCCGUUUGGAGGUCAUUAUGGCCAGGGGGCGGCUGGGCCAGGAGUUAACCCCCAGCAACUUCACAACAAGACAGCGGCAGCGCUGGCUGCAGUGACCAGCGCGCCAAACCUGUCGCAGCUCCAGCAGCAGCCUGGGCAGCAGGUGCCCUCGGUGGGCAUGGUCCCCGUGUCCGGCGGCGUGCCCGUCUCAGUCGCCGGCCCCACAGCCGACCCGGAGAAGCGUAAACUGAUCCAGCAGCAGCUGGUUCUCCUCCUCCACGCCCACAAGUGCCAGAGGCGGGAGCAGGCCAACGGGGAGGUGCGGGCGUGCGCCCUGCCCCACUGUCGCACCAUGAAGAACGUCCUCAACCACAUGACCCACUGCCAGGCCGGCAAGUCCUGCCAGGUGGCACACUGCGCGUCGUCCAGGCAGAUCAUCUCCCACUGGAAGAACUGUACGCGGCACGACUGUCCCGUUUGUCUGCCCCUCAAGAAUGCCAGCGACAAGAGGAAUCAGCAACCCAUGCUAAGUUCCCCCAAUACUGCCCUCCAGAACUCCCUGGCCUCUGUGGUCUCCGGCCCCACAGCCGCCCCCUCCCUCAACACCUCCACCCCCAUCGACCCCUCCUCCAUGCAGAGGGCAUACGCCGCCCUGGGCCUGCCCUACAGCAGCCAGGCCCCCACCCCAGGACAAACCCCCCCUGGAGGGCAGGGUGCCACUCAGGGCCAGCACUCGCAGCAGAUGAGACCCGUCAAUGCUCCAGGUAACCCGAUGGCUCUUGGUGGUGGAGUGAUGGGUGUGACCUCGUCCGAUCAGACCAGCCUGCACUCUGACUCCUCCCUCUCCAACUCGCUCAACACAAACAAUCAGCUGUUGUUAGACGGUUCCGGUGGGGGCUCCAUGGGGGGCAACCUUCCUACCGCGGCCCCCCUGUCAGCUACCGGGGUCAGGAAGGCCUGGCAUGAACACGUCACUCAGGACCUCCGUAACCACCUCGUCCACAAGCUAGUACAAGCCAUAUUCCCCACCCCAGACCCAGCAGCGCUGAAGGACCGGAGGAUGGAGAACCUGGUGGCGUAUGCCCGGAAGGUGGAGGGGGACAUGUACGAGUCAGCCAACAGCAGGGAUGAGUACUACCACUUCCUAGCGGAGAAGAUAUAUAAGAUCCAGAAGGAGUUGGAGGAGAAGAGGAGGUCUCGGCUCCAGAAACAGAUCCUCAACCAGGGUCCCCUGUCUGCGACGGGGGGCCAACAGCAGCCUGGAGGCCUUGCCCAGACCCACACCCUGGGCCCUGGGCAGCCCGUGAGGCCACAAAACGGACCUGGGCCUCUGGCCAAUGUACCCAAUCAGAUCAUGAAUGGCAUGCAAGCUGCCCCAGGGCUCAAUCAGUUCAGCUCCAUGGCCCUGCCCAACGUCCAGAUGUCCCCGCAGCCUCUGGGGCCCCGCGCCGCCUCCCCAAUGACCCACACUACGCAGAUUAACAUGGGCUCCGUCCCCUCCAUGGGUCUGUCUCCCUCACGGAUGCCCCAGGCCCAGGGCAUGCUGGGAGCCCACGGUGGCGGCAGCAUGGUUGGCCAGACGGCCAAUCAGAACAGCCAGUUCCUGCCCCCUCAGACCCAAACCCCGUUCUCUGCCUCCGGAGCCCUGAACGCCAACCAUGUGGGCAUGGGCCAGCCCCAAGCACAGGCUGCUGUGACACAGCUGUCUCAGACAGGAGCCAGCCUGGAUCACCGGGUGCCCACGCCGGCGUCCACCGCCAGCGCAGACAUGCACCCGCACUCCCAGCAUGCUUUGCCCGACCUGCCUGUCCAGGAGACCAAGGCUGAGGCCCGGUUUAAAGAUGAGCGGGACUUUGAGUCCACCGGCGGCAAAACCGAGCCCAAGAUGGAGACAGAGGAGGACUCUGAUUCAUUUUCAGUGAAGAAGGAGGAGCCAGAUGAGAAACAUGAGCCAAUGGAGACGGAAGAGAAGAAGCCGGAGAUUAGGGCCGAGUCCAAAGAGGAGGAGGAGGAGGAGGGAGGAGCCAAUGGCACCGCGUCUUCAUCCCCAUCUCAUUCGCGGAGGAAAAUCUUUAAGCCCGAGGAGCUGCGCCAGGCCUUGAUGCCAACCCUGGAGUCUCUGUACAGACAGGAUCCAGAGUCGCUGCCCUUCAGACAGCCUGUAGACCCCCUGCUACUGGGCAUCCCCGACUACUUUGACAUUGUGAAGAACCCUAUUGACCUGUCCACCAUAAAACGUAAGCUGGAUACGGGUCAGUACCAGGAGCCCUGGCAGUACGUUGACGACAUCUGGGUCAUGUUCAACAACGCUUGGCUUUACAAUCGCAAGACGUCCCGUGUUUACAAGUACUGCUCCAAGCUGGCCGAGGUGUUCGAGGCCGAGAUUGACCCGGUCAUGAUGAGCCUCGGCUAUUGCUGCGGCAGGAAGUAUGAGUUCUCUCCUCAAACCCUCUGUUGCUAUGGCAAGCAGCUUUGCACCAUACCCACAGGUGGCACUUACUACAGCUAUCAGAACAGGUACCAUUUCUGUGAGAAGUGCUUCAAUGAGAUCCAGGGGGAGAACGUGACAUUAGGGGACGACCCAGCGCAACCACAGACCAUGAUAUCAAAAGACCAGUUUGAGAGGAAAAAGAAUGAUACACUAGACCCUGAACCGUUCGUUGAAUGUAAAGAUUGCGGACGGAAGAUGCAUCAGAUAUGUGUGCUGCACUAUGAUGUCAUCUGGCCUUCCGGAUUCAUCUGUGACAACUGUCUGAAAAGAACUGGGAAGACCAAGAAGGAGAACAAGUUCUCUGCCAAAAGGUUGCAGGUAACACGGUUGGGGACGUACAUUGAGGACCGGGUGAAUAAGUACUUGAAGAGGCAGAACCACCCAGAGGCCGGGGAGGUGUUUGUACGAGUGGUGGCCAGCUCUGACAAGGUCACUGAGGUCAAACCUGGCAUGAAAUCCAGGUUUGUGGACACUGGUGAAAUGGCGGAGACCUUCCCCUACAGAACCAAAGCACUUUUUGCCUUUGAGGAGAUUGAUGGUGUGGACGUGUGUUUCUUCGGGAUGCAUGUCCAGGAGUACGGUUCAGAUUGCCCCAUCCCCAACACCAGGCGGGUCUACAUAUCGUACCUUGACAGUAUUCACUUCUUCAGACCGCGGCAGCUGAGGACAGCGGUCUACCAUGAGAUUCUGAUCGGCUACCUGGAGUACGUCAAGAAACUUGGCUACACUCAGGGUCACAUUUGGGCGUGCCCCCCCAGCGAGGGGGAUGACUACAUCUUCCACUGCCAUCCUGCUGACCAGAAGAUCCCCAAGCCCAAGAGGUUGCAGGAGUGGUACAGGAAGAUGCUGGAGAAGGCCUACGCUGAGAGGAUCCUGCACGACUUCAAGGAUAUCUUCAAGCAGGCGACGGAGGACCGUCUGACAGGAGCCAAUGAGAUGCCGUAUUUCGAGGGGGACUUCUGGCCCAACGUGCUGGAAGAGAGCAUCAAGGAGCUGGAGCAGGAGGAGGAGGAGAGAAAGAAGGAGGAGAAUGUGGCCUGCUCCGACACUCCCGAGGGCACGCCGGGGGACACCAAGAAUGCCAAGAAGAAGAACAACAAGAAGACCAAUAAGAACAAGAGCAGCGUGAGCAGGGCCAAUAAGAAGAAGCCUGGGAUGCCGAAUGUAGCCAAUGACCUGUCCCAGAAGCUCUAUGCCACACUGGAGAAGCACAAAGAGGUUUUCUUCGUGAUCCACCUGCACUCGCCCCAGAUGGCCAACACUCUGCCCCCCAUCUCGGACCCCGACCCCCUCCUGACCUGUGACUUGAUGGACGGCCGCGACGCCUUCCUCACCCUGGCCCGGGACAAGCACUGGGAGUUCAGCUCCCUGAGAAGGUGUAAGUGGAGCACCAUGUGCAUGCUGGUGGAGCUCCACAACCAGGGCCAGGACCGCUUCGUCUACACCUGCAACGAGUGCAAACACCACGUGGAGACGCGCUGGCACUGCACCGUCUGCGAGGACUUUGACCUGUGCAUCAACUGCUACAACGUCAAGGGCCAUGAGCACCAGAUGGUGAAGUGGGGUCUGGGUCUGGACGACGACAACAGUGGCGCGGGCGGCACCGGCGAGGCCUCCAAGUCCCCGCAGGAGUCGCGCCGCCUCAGCAUCCAGCGCUGCAUCCAGUCCCUGGUUCACGCCUGCCAGUGCCGCAACGCCAACUGCAGCCUCCCGUCCUGCCAGAAGAUGAAGCGGGUGGUGCAGCACACCAAAGGUUGCAAGAGGAAGACCAACGGCGGCUGCCCGGUGUGCAAGCAGCUGAUCGCCCUGUGCUGCUACCACGCCAAGCACUGCCAGGAGAACAAGUGCCCCGUGCCCUUCUGCCUGAACAUCAAGCACAAGCUCCGCCAGCAGCAGCUCCAGCACCGACUCCAGCAGGCCCAGAUGAUGAGGCGGCGCAUGGCCACCAUGCAGGGCCGAGCAAUGCAGCAGAGCCUGCCGUCCCCGCCCCAGGCCUCCGCCCCCUCCUCCCACUCGCAGCCCAGCACCCCGCAGACCCCGCAGAUCUCCGGCCAGCCGCAGACCCCUGGCGCCGCAGGCCUGUCCCCGGCGUUCCCCCCUCGCAAUGGCCAGCCCCUGACACCGUCCUCCCAGGGCAAGGGAGGGCCCCAGGCAUCCCCCUUGCACCAGCAGCAGUCCCCCCUCCCGCAGCCGCCGCCGCCGCAACCGCCCCAGCCGACGCAACCGCCCCAACAGGCCCCACCUCCCGGCGCGGUCAAGAUGGCGCGGCACAUUGAGAUGGUGGCCCAGGCGCAGCAGAACCAGCAGAACUACCGGGUCAACAUGAACGGACUCAACCACCAGAACGCCCCGCCUCACCCCCAGCAGCAACAGCAGCAGCGCAUGUCGGGACCCAUGCAGAUGGUGGGACCUAGAGGACCCCAGGUCAUGCCUCAGCCAAUGGCACCAGGGCAGUGGCCUGGCACUGGGGGAGCCCAGCCUGGACAACCGGCUGGUGGUAUCCCCCCCCAGGUGGGUCAGUCCCAGCAGGGCAUCCCAAUGCAGCGGCCCCCGAUGAUGUCUGCUCAGGUGCAGACCCAGAGGAUGCAUGUCCCCCAGCCGGCGGGUCCCAGGCCCCAGACGGCGCCCCAGAGACCGGGGGCCAUCGCCCCCAACGCCCUCCAGGACCUCCUGAGGACCCUGAAGUCGCCCAGCUCGCCCCAGCAGCAACAGCAGGUCCUCAACAUCCUCAAGUCCAACCCGCAGCUCAUGGCGGCGUUCAUUAAGCAGAGGACGGCCAAAUACCACGCCAGCAACCAGCCGCAGCAGCAGCCACCGCCGGGAAUGAUGGGAGGCCAGCCGUCGAUGCAGGCCAUGACGACAAUGCAGGCGGGCCAGAGGCCCGGGAUGCCCCCCCAGCAACCUGCUGCCCAGGGGAUGGCAGCCCUGGGACCCCAGGGGCAGCUCAUGAACCCGGGACACAACCCCCAGGCCAGCGCCACCCAUAUCCAGGAGCACUACCGGAGACAGCUCUUACGCCAGCAGCAGCAGCAGCAGCAGCAGCAGGCCCACCCCGGCCAGUUCCCUCCCCAGGCUCCGGGCCAGGCCCCCAGCUACUCCCAGCUCCGCAUGCAGCAGCAACAACAACAGCAGCUUGCCAUGCAAGGCCAGCUCCCUCCCAUGGCCCAGAUGGGUCAGCCCGGCAUGGGCAUGGACCCUGCCGCAGCCGCCCAGAACCUCCUGCACCAGCGGAUGCUCCAGCAGCAGCAGGUUGGGGGUAGUCCGGUGCAGCCCAGCCCUACCAUGAGUCCCCAGGCCCACCUGCUGGCCGGCCAGCCCCAGCCUGGAGCUCACCUACCCGGCCAGUCCCCCAUGGCCAACGCCCUUUCCAACCGGUCCCCUGCGCCCAUCCCUGUCCAGUCGCCCUGCCCGCCCUCGCAACAGCCCCCGCAUUCCAGCCCUUCGCCCCACGUCCAACCCCAGCCCUCACCCCACUCGGGGUCGCCCCACCCGGGCUUGGCCGGGCCCAUGCCAGGCUCACUGGACCAGGGCCACUUGGCCACAGCAGAGCAGAGCGCCAUGCUGUCACAGAUAAACACUCCCAACAGAGGGGGCCUGAACAGUGACCUGGGCAUGGGGGGGGAUACCACAGGAGAUACGCUGGAAAAGUUUGUGGAGGGGUUGUAGCAUUAAACAGAAGACUUGGCCACGCCUCGAAAUGGCAUCCUAUUCCCUAUCCAGUGCACUACUUUUGACCAGAGCCCUUAUGUUGUGUGUACUAUUUAGUGCACUAUUUGGGAUUGAGCCAGAAACACACGAGUACCCCCCCCCUCUAUCUUCCACUAAUGUACUCAGACUUGGGCCCUGCUCAAUUUCGGGGGACUUUAUUUCUAAAGUUAUGAAAAUGAUUUUUUUCUUUUUUGUACUGACAUGUAAAAAGUUUCAAGAGAUGUAUGAUGGGGGGGGGGGGGGGUCAAAUGGGAUACAAUUGAAAAAAAUGAGAUACUUUAGGGGGGAUGUUUAUGUUUCCUUAAUUAAGUGUCUGGUGUUUCUUCUUCCUUAUGAGUCUAGGGAUUUUUCAAAUUGCUGUUUAAAAGAAAUUUAAAUCUCAAAGAAUAUAUAUUUUUUUUUGGUUGAGACCAAAAUGUGCUUAAAUACGUUACUGUUUUAUUUGUAUUUCUUUGGUUUUGCGGUAUGAUUUCAUGCCUUUUAAUUUUCUUUUUUUUAAAGAAAAUUGAAAAAACUAAUUAUAUUAUUCAUACAUUUUAUUUUGUACCUUGCUGAGAAAAUGUUAAGCAUUUUUCUUUGUGUGUGUAUGUGUGUUAAGACUGUAAAACAUGUUUUUCUGGGUAUCGGACAGGUUUGUUUUUCUGUUUUGGAGCACUUCUGAUUCCUGGGGCGUUUUGAAGGGUUAAUGGCACCCCAUUCUUCGUAUUGUGUCGGGCAGUGUUAGGGGGCACGGCGCCAUUUCAGAUGGAAGCCCUGGCAAUUGUUACCUAGUGUUGUACCAUUUUACAGGCAAGCCUACCGCGAGGGACACUUCCUUUCCCUUGUUGUAAGGUGCGUUUAAAGAGAACUAUCUGUGUUGCAAUGGGAAACGGACUACAGCAGUCUGUGUACGCAAGCACGUACGCAGAAACACUUGACACACUCAGCAGACACACAACAAAACGACAACAUCACAAUAGCCUGGAAACCGGAAUCUGUCUUUGCAAAUCUGGAAGAUGUUUUUUUUUUUUUUCUCGUGUUAAAAAAAAGUUUUCAAACAAACUGCUUUCCAGCAGAUACGUAAAGUAUAAAAAGAGGUAGAGAACGGAGAACAGACCAACACGCCGAUCCUGAGGGGAGUUGGGGUUCACCAGUUGACCAUUUGUUUGUAAAAGAAAAAUAAAUGAAUAGUCCCGAUGUCUCUCAACCCGUUAUCCUCAUUCCUCUCAAAAACAUGAAAACUUGAAUAAAAUUUGGGGUGGGUUACGUUCUUCUAGCUCCCUAUUGUAAAUCAUGCAAGUUGUAAGCAAAAGUACUAUAAAUAUAAGGAAGAUAAUUAAAUCACUGUAUAAACUGGUUAAAGACUCAUUUCUUACUUAUAUACCAUAUUGUUAAAUAAACUGUGUGCAACAGACAA